CAGCCAGGAGUCACCAAGAUGCCCAUACUGGAAAAAGCUCCCCAUAAGAUGGCAGCAAAACCGCCCAGCAGUGAGGAGGAGUCUUUGCCCAAACUUCCAGUGCCCCCACUGCAGCAGACCCUGGCCACUUACCUGCGGUGCAUGCAGCACCUAGUACCUGAAGAACAGUUCAAGAGGAGCCAGGCCAUUGUGCAGCGGUUUGGGGCCCCUGGUGGCCUUGGUGAGACCCUGCAGCAGAAGCUCCUGGAACGACAGGAGAAGACAGCCAAUUGGGUGUCUGAGUACUGGCUGAAUGACAUGUAUCUCAAUAACCGCCUGGCCCUGCCUGUAAACUCCAGUCCAGCUGUGAUCUUUGCCCGCCAGCACUUUCAAGAUACAAAUGACCAGCUAAGGUUCGCAGCCAACCUCAUCUCUGGCGUGCUCAGCUACAAGACCCUGCUGGACAGUCACUCCAUCCCCACCGACUGUGCCAAGGGCCAGCUGUCAGGGCAGCCACUCUGUAUGAAGCAAUACUACGGGCUCUUCUCCUCCUACCGCCUCCCUGGCCACAUCCAGGAUACACUGGUGGCCCAGAAGAGCAGUGUCAUGCCCGAGCCAGAGCAUGUCAUUGUGGCCUGCUGCAACCAGUUCUUUGUCUUGGAUGUUGUCAUUAAUUUCCGCCGUCUCAGUGAGGGGGAUCUGUUCACUCAGUUGAGAAAGAUAGUCAAAAUGGCUUCCAACGAGGAUGAACGCUUGCCUCCAAUCGGCCUGCUGACGUCAGAAGGGAGGAGCGAGUGGGCUGAGGCCAGGACGGUCCUCGUGAAAGACUCCACCAACCGGGACGCACUGGACAUGAUUGAACGCUGCAUCUGCCUGGUAUGCCUGGAUGCCCCGGGAGGCAUGGAGCUCAGUGACACCAACAGGGCACUUCAGCUCCUUCACGGCGGAGGCUGUAGCAAGAAUGGGGCGAACCGCUGGUACGACAAGUCCCUGCAGUUUGUGGUGAGCCGAGACGGCACCUGUGGUGUGGUGUGCGAACACUCCCCUUUCGACGGCAUCGUCCUGGUGCAGUGCACAGAGCAUCUGCUCAAACACAUGGUGAAGAGCAGCCAGAAGCUGGUCCGAGCCGACUCGGUCAGCGAGCUCCCGGCCCCCAGGAGGCUGCGUUGGAAAUGCUCCCCGGAAAUUCAAGGCCUCUUAGCCUCCUCAGCAGAAAAACUUCAACGAAUAGUAAAGAAUCUCGACUUUACUGUUUAUAAGUUUGACAUCUUCGGGAAAACAUUCAUUAAGAAGCAGAAAUGCAGUCCUGAUGCCUUCAUUCAGGUGGCCCUCCAGCUGGCCUUCUACAGGCUCCACAGGAGACUCGUCCCCACCUAUGAGAGCGCGUCCAUUCGCCGAUUCCAGGAGGGCCGCGUGGACAACAUUCGAUCGGCAACUCCGGAGGCGCUGAGUUUUGUGAGAGCCAUCACUGACCACAAGGCUGCUGUGCCGGCUUCAGAGAAGCUGCUGCUCCUGAAGGAUGCCAUCCGAGCCCAGACUGAGUACACAGUCAUGGCCAUAACAGGGAUGGCCAUCGACAAUCAUUUGCUGGGGCUGCGGGAGCUGGCCCGGGACAUGUGCAAGGAGUUGCCCGAGAUGUUCACGGAUGAAACAUACCUGAUGAGUAACCGGUUCAUCCUCUCAACCAGCCAGGUGCCCACAACCAUGGAGAUGUUUUGCUGCUAUGGUCCCGUGGUGCCCGAUGGGUACGGGGCCUGCUACAACCCCCAGCCAGAGAGCAUCCUUUUCUGCAUCUCCAGCUUUCAUGGCUGCAAAGAGACAUCUUCUACCAAGUUUGCAAAAGCGGUAGAAGAAAGCCUCAUUGAAAUGCGGGACCUCUGUAGUCUGUCACAGUCUGUGGUGGGCAAGCCAUUGGCAACACAAGAAAAAGCAACAAGGCCCUUUCAAGGGCACCAACCUUGA